AUGGCGUCGCAAAAGGGCUGGGCUCGGCGCCCCUGGUUCCUCUUCGCCCUUGCUCUUGUCCUUGUCCUCCUAGCCUCCGGCGCCGAGGCUUCCGUCGGAGACAGGCUGCCAGCCUUUCGCGAGUGUGUGAGGCAAUGCAAGGAGACCAAGUGUGUCGCCGGAAAGGAUGCCAUGCAAAUUCCUCUCUACCGACGCCUCCUCCUGUGGGAUUGUCCCGCCGAAUGCGAUUACGCCUGCCAACACGACAUAACCGCCCGCCGCAUCAUCUCCGACCAACCCGUCGUCCAAUUCCACGGAAAAUGGCCCUUCUUCCGCAUCCUCGGCAUGCAGGAACCCCUCAGCGUAUUCUUUUCCCUCGGCAACCUCUGGGCCCACGCCUCGGGCCUCCGUCGCCUGCGCGCCUCCGUCCCUCCUUCUUACCGCCUCCUCCCCUUCUACAAGCUCUUCGCAUACUUCGGCAUCACCUCAUGGGUGUUCAGCUCCAUCUUCCACACGCGCGACUUUAAGUUCACUGAGGAGAUGGAUUACUUCGCCGCCGGCGCCAGCGUCCUUUAUGGCCUGUACUAUACCGCCGUGCGUGUCUUUAGGCUCGACAGGCCGACGCGCAAGAUCAAGUCCAUCCUGAAGUCUUGGACGGUCCUCUGCUGCUGUCUCUACCUCGCCCAUGUCGCCUAUCUCAAGGGCGUGAGGUGGGAUUACACUUACAACAUGGCGGCCAACGUCGUCGUCGGCCUGCUGCAUAAUGUCCUCUGGUUCUGGUUUAGUUUUCGGAGAUAUAGGCUAUCCGGCGAGCCGUGGACGCUCUUGCCCGUCGUGGCGGUGACGUGGAUUUCGUUGGCCAUGAGCCUCGAGCUCUUUGACUUUGCACCCUUGUGGGGGAGUCUGGAUGCGCAUGCGCUCUGGCACUUUGGGACGAUCGCCCCGUGUGUGUUGUGGUAUAGAUAUUUGGUUAUGGAUGCCCUAGAUGAUCUCGGUGGCACAAAAAAGUUCAUCUCUUGA